AUGAUGGAAGAGAAGAGGGCGCAAGACAUCGAAAAUGUCUCGGGCCGGGGAAAGUAUCCAGGUCCCGACACCGACACUGAUUCACCAGUCCUGGACGGUGAUGCCGAUGAGAAAGCUUUGGUCUGGAAGCAGGAUCUACGGAUCGUGCCGCUUUGCGCUGCUAUCUAUCUUUUGUGUUAUCUAGAUCGAUCUAAUAUCGGAAAUGCCAAAAUUCUUAAUCAGGAUACUCACAAUGACCUUCUUUCUGAGACGAAUAUGACCUCCUUCCAGUUCACCAGAAUUGCGCUUAUGGUUUUUUUGAUUGCAUAUGCACUUUUUGAAGUGCCAUCUAAUUACUUUUUGAAAAAGUUGAGACCAAGUAGAUGGAUUGCUUUUCUUAUGCUUUCGUGGGGUGCAACUACUAUGGGUCUUGGGGGAGUUCACAACUAUGCCCAAGUGACUGGCCUACGCUUUCUACUUGGUGUCAUGGAAGCAGGGCUUUUCCCAGGUUUUGUCUACUAUCUAACCUUUUGGUAUCGAAACUCUGAGCGUUCGAUGCGCGUAGCUUUGAUUCUAGCGUCAGCAACUCUGGCGGGUGCCUUUGGUGGUGCUAUUGCAUUUGGAGUUGGUCACAUGAAUGGUGCGCAUGGCUUAUCUGCUUGGAGAUGGCUAUUCAUAAUUGAAGGAGCACCUUCUUGUGCCUCGGCAGUUCUUGUCUGGUUUUUUCUGCCUGACUACCCAGAGUCGGCUCAUUGGCUUUCCGCCGAGGAGAAAGAUUUCGCAGCGCGACGUUUAGCAACUGAGGGCUCAAAGGGAUCUUCCCAUGCCAUGUCAUGGGAGGACGCCAAAGCCGUACUUGUGGACUGGCGGUUGUAUGCCCAUUAUGCGGUCUACUUUGGCAUUUCUACCCCUUUCUCUAGUCUCUCUCUCUUCACGCCUGCCAUCACUGCGGGUCUUGGGUACUCUAAUCUUCGGGCUCAGUUGAUGACAGUGCCUCCUUAUGCCGUUGCGUAUGUUGUGACAGUUGCUGUGGCCUGGUCCGCGGAUCACUUUAAUAGCCGUGGACUUCAUUCCGCCAUAUUUUCCUUUGUCGGCGCUAUGGGAUUUUUAGCAUCGGCCGUCCUUCCUGCUGAGGCCUACCUGCAUCGAUAUGGCUGUCUCAUUGUCGCGACAAGUGGGGCCUUUGCUUGUAUCCCUCCACUCCUAGGAUGGCUUUCUUCAAACCUCCACUCGACGGCAGGGGCGGGACUGGCCAUCGCAUUGAAUGUGUCGUUUGGAGCACCAGGCCAGAUUGUUGGUGUUUGGAUCUAUAAGAGCGACGAGGCAAAAAGGGGCUAUCCGACGGGCCAUUGGACAAAUGCCGCGUUACUUCUGUUCGUAACGACGGGAUGUAUUUUGCUGAGAUUCUACUAUGUGUGGAUGAACAAACGACGUAAUGGUGAUGGGAGUGGGAAGAUGUUUGCAUAUUAG